GCUGCUUCGGCUCAGCUCUCAUGGCUGUCAGGACCUUCGGGCAUUGUGUGACUGGAAGCUUGGACCUGAUCGGUAUUGUUGCGAUUUGUUUGAUCUACAUUCCAUUGAGCGCCAGCUCUUCGGUGCCAGAGGCAGCGGUGUUCAGACAUUACAACAAAGAACGUCCGAUUUCAUAUGGCAUUCAGCUCCCAGAAGGGAGGGCUCCAUUUGCCUUUGGCCAUGUGUUGGCAGAAGACUUGAUGUCUUAUCUGCAAGAAGAUCCACAUGGACCCUUUCUCAACCAAAGUGUGCCACUUGUGAAAUGGGGGUUUGAAGAGGAUACUAUCAAUGAAGAGUUAGAAUCUAUUUGGAAGGCAGACUGGCAUGCAACAGCAUUCUGGGGAACUUCCAAAAUUUUUGUUCCAAGAGUGGACAAAUUCUUACCAUCAAGGCAGCCGCCGCUCCGGAUUUUGGCCUUCCUUGAGGCCUUCCGUCAGGUGUCUGGUCGGGCGUGGAGUCGGAUUCUGGAUGGUCUCCAGAGCUUGAGUCGAAGCGAUGAAGAACUUGAGCUAAAAGAAAUCGUGAGGAUCUUUUGCAAGAGUCUUCGGGAGCAAAGUCAUUUUUGCGGAGUUGAGGCUCAAAUAUGGCAAGGUGGCCAGUUGGUGAUGGAUUCUCACACGGAUGGUGCCACAUCAUUGCUGCACCUAAGCCUGACUCUAGGAGGGCACAGAACUCUUCGAAUUGGCCACUUCAAAGAGCGGCACUCACCAUACAGACCACAGGACAACAGGAGAAGAGGCAGACCACCAGGGGAUGAAGUCAGUGUCUGGAAUGAGGCUGCAUAUGCCCAAGACGAGCUGUGGGAUAUUCCUCAAUCAACGGGAAGCGUCUACUUGACUUCUCCUUUUUGCUUCGAGCAUGGGGUGAGGUAUGAGGGUGAUGCACCAGUCUUUGCGCUUCAGUGCCGCUUUGCUUUUGCCAACUUCUCUGAAGCACAACUGGUUAACGGGCAGCGAACUGGCAAUAUGCGCCGAGUAGCUGAAGUUGUUUCCGAUGCUCUCGUGACAGCUGUGGAUAAGAUCGAAUUGCGACUGCCAACUUUGGAAGAGGUCAGAGCAGUUGAAGAGCAGCUUAUCAUCAAUGAGCAGCUGCGCCCAGUGGCUCAACACGCAAUGCACGCUCUUCAGGCAUUGAACUCUUCCAAUACCAAAGCAAGAUGGCAUGGACUGCCCAGCACCCCAAUGGCUGGUGCAUUUGUUGCCCUUUUGUGUGGCCGAAUGAUGUGGCGCUAUGGUCAAAGGUUACUAAAAAGGAGCGAAGAAGAAGAAGAAGAAGGAGAAGAAGAAGAAGAAGGCCAGCCAGAAGCCUGAGCCGAGAGCAAGAUACUAGCAGGGGCAUUGCAAGAAUCAUCAUUUGUGCUCACAUUAAGAUUGUGCCCCUUGAGCGUGGAAGACAGCUGUGGUGCUCACAGGAGUUUGUCCCUUCAUGCCUACAUGGUUGUGGUACUUCUUUGGGAGCCAUUGCUUUGGAUGUGCAAGGUUUGUCGCAGUGUUUUCGCAGAUGUGCACUAUUGUUUGCCUGAGGGGCUUUUUAAAUCCUAAGAGCGAGAGACGGAGUUGGCAGUGGAGUUGGCGUGUUGGCUCAAAAAGAUGC